AUGAGAAGAACGAUUUACACGGGGAGAUCCUCGACGGAGGUGGGGGUGUGUGCGGAACUAUCGGAUGCUGGAAAUUGGAUAUUUGUUUGCAUGAGAGGACGAUCUUUGGCUUCUUCUUCGUUCUCAUCGUCGGAAUCGGAGGUAUUCAGGUUGACGCAGGAGAAACGUUCCAGCGAUGCGAAGAACGCCGAUGCCACGUUGUUGCCGACCCAACAGGCUACUCCUUCGAGCUUUUCGUACGACAAGAUACUCGGAUUCUCCAUCUUCGACGAAUUUCUCCGAUCUGUGUUAUAUUGA